AGGAGAACUCAAUUUAUUCAGUGGCAUUUCUGUGAACAGAGGGGAGGAUAGGGUGUUGGUUUCUCAUUUAUUUUUUGCUGAUGAUGCCCUUAUUUUCUGCAAUCCUGAUCUGUCUUCCUUGUUGUACUUGAGAUGCAUAAUCUUGUGUUUUAAACUGGGAUCGGGUUUGAGAAUAAACAUGAUGAAGUCUGAAAUUGGUUAUGAUUGCGGGAUAGAAGUGAUGAGCACGUGCUGGCUGGGGUGUUGGGGUGUAGGGUGACUGUUUUGCCUAUCAAAUAUCUUGGCAUGCCCCUUGGUGUGAAGUAUAAAGAUGUAAAUACAUACUCUUAUCAACAGCACUUUGGCGAAUUUGCCUGUAUACCACCUAUCCAUGUUAACUAUUUAAGCCAGUAUUGUUACCAAAUUAGAAAAAUACAGUGUCGUGUUUUGUGGGGUGAUGAGGAGGGGAAGAGAAGAUAUCAUUUGAUGAAAUGGGGUGAUGUGAAAAAACUUAUUUGGGAAGGGGGCCUUGAUUUAAGGUCAUUGGGGGAUAUGAAUACUGCCUCUACAUGUAAAAUGGUUGUGGAGAUUCACCAAAGAAGAUAGCAAGCUGUGGAAGAGGGUGGUGGCAGCUAGGUGGGGGGAGUUGCUAGCAAGGGUGUGUCCAAACCUCAUGGUAUGAGUUUGUGGAAAAAUAUUAGUGGGGGAUGCCAUAAAUUUUAUGAUUGCGUUACAUGGAAGAUGGGUAACGGUGCCUGCAUCAAAUUUUGGAAGGAUCUGUGGGUGGGGGACAUAAAAUUGAUGCACCGGUUUCCAACUAUUUGUGCCAUUGCACAUGACAAAGAUAUACAUGUGGACAAAGCUUAUUUGGGUUCUGAUGAGGGUAGGGAUUGGGAAGUGCAGGUUUGCAGAAAUUUGCAGGAUUGGGAAAUGGAUGAGUACUGUAAUUUGUUAAGUUUUCUUUCUGAGAUCAGGCUGGGAAAUCAGAAAGAUCAGAGAAUAUGGAAGCUGAACAAGCAGGGACAGUUUCGGUGAAGUCCUUUUACAAUUUUUUACAUAGCAGGAGGGCUGGGAGACUGUGAACGUGCCGUUUAAGCAGAUCUGGAAAUCAAAUGCUCCACCUAGGGUGACUUUUUUUAUAUGGGAAGCUGCUAAGGAGUGUAUAUUGACUAUUGAUAUGUUGAUGAAAGGGGAACCAUUAUGAUUAAUGGAUGUUUUUUGUGUAAAGCUGGUGAGGAGUCUUGUGAUCACAUCUUACUGUGGUGUCCAGCUGUGUACAGCAUUUGGUCCACGGUCUAUGGGUUGUUGGGGUUGAGCUGGGUCAUGGCAGGAAGUGGGAGCGAGGAGCUGUGGGCUUGAGAGAGUGUGUAAAAAGAACAGAUUCCUACGUCUUAUUCCACAGUCUAUUUUCUUGGUGGUAUGGAAGGAAAGAAAUGCGAUGGCAUUUGAGGGAAUUGAGAAGGAUUUUGUUAGCUAGAGAUACUUGGCUCAAUACUUUUUGACUAUAUGAUUUUGGGGCAUGACAUUAGGGACUUAGAUCAUUUUGGGACUGUAUUUAACCAUCUGAUUGACAUGUAACUAUUUUGUAUGCGGGUGAUACCUCCUUAGUACACUAUUAAUAUACUAGAAACUUUUAUUUAAAAAAAAAUUGCAUCCAUGCAUGGUUUUAUUAUAGGGGUUUGAUUUUUGUUGGCCCCAUCAAACAAGCACAUAAGACCUCCAGUUUUACUAGUUUUAUAACUAUGAAACAGAGUUGAGACUGAGCCUUAACAGUUUUCAUUUUGUUGGGAGUGUGGUUGUCUUCAGUUACUAUUCUAGAGUUAUAUUGCAACCAUCCAAGAAAGUGGAAAAGGAAAAACAAAAUGAUAAUCAUGGCUUAUUCUCUUAGCAAUGGAAGAAUUCAUUUUUUUCAACUUCAGGCUUCAAGGGUUUUGAAAUUGGAGAGAAAUAGUCUGGAGUUCCUUCUGCAACACUUCUGUGGAGUUACUGCUAACAAAGAAUACCAACAUGCUGAUUGGAGAUUACGCCCUCUUCCUGAUGAGAUGGUUAGAUAUGCGAGGGAAGAUACUCACUAUCUGUUGUAUAUUUACGAUAUAAUGAAAAUCCGAUUGCAUGCAUUGUCGAAGGAACCUGAAAAAUAUGGUGAUCCUCUGGUAGAGGUUUACAAGCGCAGUUAUGAUAUAUGCUUUCAGCUGUAUGAGAAAGAGCUUUUGACACAGAAUUCAUUUCUCAACACAUACGGGCUACUGGGUGCUGAUUUAAAUGCUCAGCAGCUUGCCAUUGUUUCUGGGCUCUGUGAGUGGCGAGAUAUUAUUGCACGUAUGGAGGAUGAAAGCACUGGUUAUAUAUUACCCAACAGGACUCUUCUUGAAAUAGCCAAGCAGAUGCCUACUACGGCUGGCAAGUUGCAUCGAUUAAUCAAACCAAAGCACCCCUAUAUUGAGAGGAAUCUUGCUUCAGUAGUUAGCAUCAUUAAGAAUUCCUUGCAAAAUGCUGCUGCAUUUGAAGCAGUUGCUCAACAACUAAAAGAGGAACGUGAAGAAACAGCAUCAGAAGAAAAAAAAGAGGCAGGUGAUGGAUCUGAAGUUGUACCCUCUGAGCCUCGUGCAGACAUGGAAGCUGCAAAUGCUAUAAGAGAGAGCAUCAGCAGUGGUACUGAAGCAAAUGAUGUUAUAAGUGUCCCCAUAUCAGCUUCUCCAACCACUAAAGAGAAGUCUUUACAGCUUGGAGGUGCACCUCAGCUGCCUGCUGCGAAUGGGAAAGUCAAGAUAGAAUCUGACUCUUACACAUCGAAGGUUCCUGGUGGAAGCUUCACCAAUUCAGGGCAGAGGAAUAGUGAGACACCUACCCGUGUAGGCUUAUCACUGUCAUUGAAGGUUUCUGCAGCUAUAGUUCAGGCUUCAAAGCAACCUAGUCGUGGUUUUGGUGCCUUGUUGGGAAAUGCUGCCUCAAAACGGAAAUUUGGUAUUGAUAAGGACAAGGAAGAAAUGAAGUUGGAGCAGAUUAGAUCUUCUGUGAAUCUUCCGUUCCACUCAUUUUCGGGAAAAGAUUCCCAGUUGAAAUCAGUUGCGGACAAUAAGGUCAUGGAAAUUCCACAGAGCAAACAACUAUCUCCGGUAUCAGUGCCUGAUUCCAAGGUAGAAGAUAUAAUAAUGUUAGAGGAUAAUCAAGAUGAUGCACAGGAAUCAAAAAGUGGUGUCUCAGAAGCCACAGAUACUCCUAGGGAGGAGAAAUCUGUGGGGUGUUUGAAAUUGGAAGAUGAAGAUGAGCCUAUGUCACUCUCUGAUUUAUCUUCAAGCUUUAAGAAGUGCUUCCAGUCCCUUAAUCAAAAUAGGAAGGCUGGGACAGUUGAUAAAUGUCAAGAACGUGGAGAUUUGCUGCAGCUAAAACCAUUUGAUUAUGAAGCUGCUAGGAAACAGGUGAAAUUUGGGGAAGAUGCAGAAAAAGGGUCGGGAUCAGGAGAUAGUGAAAAGCAAAAGAAAACCCUUGAUUCUUCUAGUGGUAGAAAAAAGAGUUCAGUUGUAGGUCAAAUCCAAAGAGGUGAUGAAACCUCAGAAUUUUCUCAAGGUAAAAGACGCCAAGCUUUUCCGGCAUCUGGGAAUCGAAGUGCAACGUUUCUUUGAGCAUCAUCGGGGUUACAGAAUUUUCUGUAUGAGUAACUUUGAGAGUUGGAAAAUUUUAAAUCUUGAUAUGAAUGAAUGAAAUAGUAAAAGGGGGUUACAGAAGUUGAUUACAGUA